AAACAUGACACAGAUUAUUGUGGUCUAGCAUUUUAUCAGUAAUCGGAAACGUCCUUAAAAAUAAAAUAAAUAAAAAUAUCCUAUUAAUCUAAUCUGAAAAAGUUGCUAGCUAUGCCAAUUUCUCAAUUAUGUCCAAACACCCAUCCAAUUCUACAAAUCAAAGCCUGCAACCGUAACAACAACAACAACGACACUGGAUCCAAGUCAGUUACAGGAAAACCCAGGGUCAGUCCCCAGCUGAACCGGUGGUCCAGGGCUCGUGCAAUACGUUCCGGUCGAAAAUUGGACCGCUCUAGCCCACGAACCCAAACCCUAGAACCCAACCAUUCUCCCCCUACAGUUCCCUUCGCUGUCGAUCCAGAUGACACCGUCACUGAAGACGGCUCAGAGUUUAGGGCCAAAUCCAUUUAUAUUGUCUCUGAUGGAACCGGUUGGACCGCUGAACACUCCGUUAAUGCCGCUUUGGGUCAGUUCGAUUACUGCUUGGUUGAUCAUGGCUGCCCCGUUAGUACCCAUUUGUUUUCUGGGAUUGAUGAGGUGGAAAGGUUAUUGGAGAUAAUAAAGCAAGCAGUGAAGGAAAAUGCAUUGCUGGUGUAUACAUUAGCUGACUCUUCAUUAUCUUCAGCGGCUGAGAAGGCCUGCAAAUUAUGGGGUGUGCCUUCUACUAAUGUACUGGGACCCAUUACCGAGGCCGUUGCUUCUCAUUUGGGUGUGUCUCCUUCUGGCCUUCCUCGCGGAGCUUCCGGCGUUCCUCUGUCCGAUGAUUACUUUCGUAGGAUUGAAGCUAUUGAGUUCACUAUCAAGCAAGAUGAUGGGGCAUCUCCGCAGAAUCUUGCCAAGGCGGAUAUUGUGCUUACUGGGGUUUCGCGCACUGGGAAGACGCCUUUGUCUAUUUAUCUUGCUCAGAAAGGGUAUAAGGUCGCCAAUGUACCGAUUGUGAUGGGCGUGGAUAUGCCUAAGACUCUCUCUCAGGUUGAUCCAAAGAAAGUUUUUGGAUUGACUAUUAAUCACAGUGUUUUACAGGAGAUUAGAAGAACAAGGGCUAAAACUUUGGGGUUGAGUUCAGAAUCAAGGACUAAUUACUCGGAAAUGGAUUAUAUUCGAGAGGAACUUGAAUUUGCACGAAAGCUCUUUGCUCAAAACCCUGUUUGGCCGGUUAUUGAUGUGACUGCAAAAGCCAUAGAAGAAACUGCAGCAGUUGUAUUGAGGCUGUUCCAUGACCGGAAGCAUAAGUGCACCAUGUCUAGGAUCUCAAAACGCUAUUAGAGAUACGAUUUUCUCUCUUGUUGAACUCCAUAUUGUAAAUCACCAAAGUUGUACACUCUUCAAUCAUAGGGAUCAAUUUCCACUCGCCUAUGCUCGUGAUAGCUCUGUAAAGCCUCCACAUAAUUUCCUUCCGAUUGAGCCAACAUCCGAUAUGGUUGUUGUUCUGUUCAAAGAUUCUCUUCCCUUACUCCUUUGAUUAUGUCAAUUGUCUAAAAUAUGGAUUCAUAAACCAAUAUUUGAAGCCAGAUGUUUGUCUUGGUGGUUUAUAUAUCCUUUUCUUGUUA